CGGAGGAGGCGGGAACAUAUUCCUAAACCCGGAAGUACACCUUCGACAAACGCAAUAAAAGAUGGUUAUCAUUUUAUGGCGUAAACUGCUUUGUGGACAUAUGUUGUGUAUUUUGGUUAUCGCGGGUUUGUGGAGCCACGGCGCAGCGUUAGAAAACGGUUUGGCGAGGACGCCGACGAUGGGCUGGCUACACUGGGAAAGGUUCAUGUGCAACAUCGACUGUGAAAAAGAACCGGAUGACUGCAUUAGUGAACGACUUUUCAUGCGGAUGGCGGAUGUGAUGGUGGAAGAGGGUUGGAGAGAGGCCGGAUAUCAGUACGUUUGCAUCGACGACUGCUGGAUGCAUCCCAGCCGGGACGCACAGGGCCGCCUGCAAGCAGAUCCCGCCCGAUUCCCUGGUGGCAUCAAGAAACUGGCCGACUACGUGCACUCCAGGGGUCUGAAGUUGGGCAUUUAUGCAGAUGUUGGCAAAAGUACCUGUGAAGGAUACCCAGGCAGUCUGGGUCACUAUGACACCGACGCUCAGACUUUUGCAGAAUGGGAAGUGGACCUGCUGAAAUUUGACGCCUGCUACAUGGACUGGACUUUGCUUGGACAAGGCUAUGUGAAUAUGUCCAGAGCCCUGAACAGAACCGGACGACCCAUUCUCUACUCUUGCGAGUGGCCUGUACAUGAAAGGCAAUUCCAAAAGCCCAACUACACUGCCAUUAGAGAGACGUGUAACCAGUGGCGCAACCAUCCAGAUGUUUAUGACUCAUGGAGCAGCAUCAAGGCCAUCUUGGACUGGACGGCUACUAAUCAGGCUGAGCUCGUCCCCUCAGCCGGUCCUGGGGGCUGGAAUGACCCAGAUAUGCUGGUGAUAGGGAACUUUGGCCUGAGCCUGGACCAGCAGGAGUCUCAGAUGGCACUCUGGGCCGUCAUGGCGGCGCCGCUCCUCAUGUCCAACGACCUGCGAGCCAUCUGUCCGCGCUCCAAGCGGCUGUUGCAGAACCGCCACAUCAUCGACAUCAGCCAGGACGCACUGGGCAAACAGGGGUACCGCGCAGACAAGGCGGAGGGAAUUGAAGUGUGGGAGAGGCCUCUGUCCAAUGGCAGGUUGGCCAUGGCUGUACUUAACAGAAAGGAGAUCGGAGGUCCACGAACAUUCUCUUUGCAAGCAGCCGCCGCCUGGAAGAUGUGCAGGCCGCAGUGUGAGGUCACCCAGAUCCUGCCUUGGUAUGAGGAGAUGGGCUUUAAGACUGAACACAAAGUCAGUGUUAAUCCUUCAGGGACUGCUCUCCUGAUUAUCACACCCAGCAGCCAUGCAAAGUUUAGAAUUGAUGAGAUGCAUUUGUUGGAAAACGUGGACGUUCUUUAGCCAGGCAUGUUAUUAACUUAAUGCAUGGUCUAGAGCAGGGGUCUCAAACAUGCGGCCCACACCUUGAUGUGAAAAUUUUAUGUUGGUGCGGCCCGCGAGUUUUAAAUGAAUGGCGCUUUAUAGCGUCAUAUUAGUAUACCCGAGAUUUUUCUGGGAGACUUCCAAUUUUCAGUGCCCCUCCAGGGGUAGUCAUUCUCCCGAAUUUCACCCAAACAACAAUAUUAGGGGGGCACUGCCUUAAGCGUCCCCUACAAUCUGUACAAUCAGCGUGACAGCCCAGCCACAUUUUGUAUUUGGCUUCUGUAGACGCAGUAAGAGACUGCAAGGCAUACUUGGUCAACAGCCAUACAGGAAACACUGAGGGUGGCCAUAUAAACAAUUUUAACACUGUUACAAAUUAACGCCACACUGUGAACCCACACAAAACAAGAAUGAAAAACACAUUUUGGGAGAACAUCCGCACCAUCUACAUGUGCUUUGUGGACUUGGAGAAGGCAUUCGACCGUGUCCCUCGGGAAGUCCUGUGGGGAGUGCUCAGAGAGUAUGGGGUAUCGGACUGUCUUAUUGUGGCGGUCCGUUCCCUGUAUGAUCAGUGUCAGAGCUUGGUCCGCAUUGCCGGCAGUAAGUCGAACACAUUUCCAGUGAGGGUUGGACUCCGCCAAGGCUGUCCUUUGUCACCGAUUCUGUUCAUAACUUUUAUGGACAGAAUUUCUAGGCGCAGUCAAGGCGUUGAGGGGUUCCGGUUUGGUAACCGCAGGAUUAGGUCUCUGCUUUUUGCAGAUGAUGUGGUCCUGAUGGCUUCAUCUGACCGGGAUCUUCAGCUCUCGCUGGAUCGGUUCGCAGCCGAGUGUGAAGCGACCGGAAUGAGAAUCAGCACCUCCAAGUCCGAGUCCAUGGUUCUCGCCCGGAAAAGGGUGGAGUGCCAUCUCCGGGUUGGGGAGGAGACCCUGCCCCAAGUGGAGGAGUUCAAGUACCUAGGAGUCUUGUUCACGAGUGGAGGAAGAGUGGAUCGUGAGAUCGACAGGCGGAUCGGUGCGGCGUCUUCAGUAAUGCGGACGUUGUACCGGUCCGAUGUGGUGAAGGAGCUGAGCCGGAAGGCAAAGCUCUCAAUUUACCGGUCGAUCUACGUUCCCAUCCUCACCUAUGGUCAUGAGCUUUGGGUCAUGACCGAAAGGAUAAGAUCACGGGUACAAGCGGCCGAAAUGAGUUUCCUCCGCCGGGUGGCGGGGCUCUCCCUUAGAGAUAGGGUGAGAAGCUCUGCCAUCGGGGAGGAACUCAAAGUAAAGCCGCUGCUCCUUCACAUCGAGAGGAGCCAGAUGAGGUGGUUCGGGCAUCUGGUCAGGAUGCCACCCGAACGCCUCCCUAGGGAGGUGUUUAGGGCACGUCCAACCGGUAGGAGGCCACGGGAAAGACCCAGGACACGUUGGGAAGACUAUGUCUCCCGGCUGGCCUGGGAACGGCUCGGGAUCCCCCGGGAAGAGCUAGACGAAGUGGCUGGGGAGAGGGAAGUCUGGGUUUCCCUGCUUAGGCUGUUGCCCCCGCGACCCGACCUCGGAUAAGCGGAAGAUGAUGGAUGGAUGGAUGGAUGGAUCCGCACCAUAACACAACAGAACAAAUACCCAGAAUCCCAUGCAACCCUAACUCUUCUGGGCUACAAUAUACACCCCCGCCCUCCCCAACCCACAGACUCACUUCCGUGAGUCUGCAGAAGCCACAUACAAUAUGUGACAGGGCCGGCAAGCUCAUUGAACGGUGGAAAAGCGGACGAGACGGCAGGGUGUAGAGGGCGCUAAAGGCAGUGCUAUUACGGCACGCCCUUAAUGUUGUUGUCCGGGUGAAAACCGGGAGGAUUGCCCCGGGAGAUUGUCGGGAAGGGCACUGAUAUUCGGGUGUUUCCCGGAAAGAUCGCGAGAGUUGGCAAGUAUGUUGCUAGGGCGGGAAAGCCAUUCAAAGGUUAAUUCAUUAAAAAGUGCACGUUACAUUUUUUUAAGAAAUUUUUCUUGCAGCCCAGCCUCACCCAGUUUCUGCAUCCAGUUGCUCCCAGGUAUAUUGAGUUUGAGACCCCUGGUCUAGAGCAAAGAGUACAAGAUCAAGGGUCAAAUGCAGGGAAUAAUUUCACCACACCUAGUGUGUGGAAAUCAUCAGCACUGAAACUUUAACCAUUUAUUCUAUUGGUUAACUUCCUUUAUCUAAUUAGCCAUUUGUGAUUUAUAGCAUGGUGUUUGUUUCAAAUUGAUUCAACUAUUCAAUGUAAAACUAUAAACAGUAGAAACAUCAGCUAAUCUCUUGUUGUAAAACACCAAUGAAAAUUAAAUGUAGCAUUUAGACAGGCUAUACUGUAGCUAAAGUCAUCACAUUGUCUGCCCAAAUCAUGUGAGUUCUUAAAUGUGUAUUCCAUUUCUUAGAUGUCGAGAGCAGUUUUGAUUUCGGUUUAGAUGGUAAACAACUCAAAUAAAUGUUUUAUGCGGACACUUA